GGCAGCUCUCGCCAUGGCACAACGAGCCCAUGGACGCGUCCUGCUUCGAGUCUUUCCUGGCACCUGCCGCGCUGGACGCCGCCGCCCUAGGCCACGACACGGCCUCUCACGACAUGGACAUGGACUUUGCACCAAACAGGCCCGCAGACGUCUUCUCCCGCCACCCCGUUGCAAACCACGCCCGGCCCCCGCCACUGGCACUGGCACAGCGACACCACACGCUUCCCCGCCGUCGCAGCAAGUAUCGGCUGCGGCGAGCCAUUGGCACGUCCAGCCCGGUUGCCAUCCCAACCACCAGCCGGCGCCAUGAAGACGACCACGAGCAGUCUCUCGCCAUGCAGCGAUGGCGCAAUUCCCCGCCCGAAGACGAGGCCGCCUCACUGACCGCCAUCUGCAACGCUCUCGACAACCGGCCCGCGGCCAUCUCCCCGAGGCCCAGCCAGCCGUCUAGCUGCGAUGCCUACCGUAGGUACCGGGGCCCAUCAUCGACCACCAGCCUGGACAGUGCUGCGAGCGAAUCGUCGUUGCGAUCGCUCAACUCCAGCCACUCGGCUACGUCACAGACCAAGCGACGCAGCCAGCCAGCCAGGAGCCGUGCCCGGGCAAAGGCCAAGAACAAGAACAUGAACGACCCCGACCGCAUCUUCAAGUGCACCUUCUGUUGCGACACGUUCAAGACAAAGUAUGACUGGACGCGGCACGAAAAGUCGCUGCACCUCAACAUGGAGGAGUGGGUGUGCACACCCCACGGCGCCUCCGUUGUGCUGCCUCUGACGGGCAGAGUGCAUUGCGCCUACUGCAGUGCCCUUGACCCAACCCCCAGCCACUUGCAGCAGCACAACCACCUGGCAUGCGACCAUGGCCAGGCCACCCCCCGCGUAUUUCACCGAAAAGACCACCUCGUCCAGCAUCUGCGCUUGGUCCAUGGUUUGGAUACGCUUCCCUUGAUUGACGACUGGAAGCUCGAGUCCCCGCCCGUAACGUCCCGCUGCGGCAUUUGUGACGCGGCCCUAUGCAGCUGGGAUGAACGGGCAGACCACCUGGCUGCUCACUUCCGUGACGGAAAAACCAUGGAACAUUGGAAGGGCGAUCAUGGCUUUGCACCCGCAGUAGCGGCUCGUGUUAUCAAUUCAUUCCCGCCUUACCUCAUUGCAGACCAAGCCAAAACAGUCGUCCCCUUCUCAGCGACGAACCCGGGGUCCAUCGACCAUACCAAGCAGUUGAUGUCACGCAUCCAAUUAGAAGAAAGCGCCCCAGAACAUAGCGCCCAGCCCACCCAGCCCCAAGACCAGCAGCCCUUUGACGACUCUUUGGAUGCGCUCCAGACUAUUUCGUCUCAGCAUGAUUACAACUUUGCUACUGUUCUCACCCGCCACCUCAGCCGUUUCGCAAGACAGCAGAUGCUCGCCGGUAUCAUCCCCACAGACGAGAUGUUUCAACGGGAGUCGCGAAGGCUCAUGUAUCAGAACGGUGAUGAUGAUUGGAACCAGACUGUGGCCGAUAACCCACGCUGGUUGCAGGACUUCCGUCGUCAGAGUGGCUUUGAUUAAAGACAAGCACAAGGGCGAAUCGGGCCGCAACAAGCUGCAGACACCAGGUGGUGCACAGCACUACGCCUUACAGGUAUGGCUUGUUUGACAGCAACACUUAUCUGACGAUAUAAUGUUUAUACACAUAAUUGCCGCAG